CGUAAAUUACGUAGCACUGGCCUUCCUGGUGUGUAAAAUUACGUGUUUGUGUGAAUGGGUGUGUGUAAAUUGUGUCUCGUCAAAAGUCCAAUAAUCGUGAGAAUAUAAUAGAAAUAUAAAAUUCAAAAUAAAUAUAAAUAAUUAAAUAACAACAACAACAUAUAAAAAUUAAUAAAUCUUCAUGUUUAAAUUAAAAAACGUAGUAAAUAACAGUGUUAAAAGAAAAAUUCAAAUUGGCUAAAUUAAUUGUGACAAAAGUGAAUUAAAAUCGCAUGGCCGAUAUAUAUUUUUUUUAAAUAAUUAAAUGUUAAUAUAAUUGUUUAUUUAAAAUUAAAUUUAUUAUUGAUAAUUUAUAUUGUCAAACUUAAAUAUUAGUUAACCUUAAAAAUUAAAAAAAAAAUUUCAUUGUAAUUUGGAGUCAAAGUGUAAUAUACACGUCAAACAAGAAAAAAGAUUUUCGUUGAAUUUUAUUUUUAUCUUUUUUUUUUUUACAAUUCUCUCUGUCUCUCUUUGUCUCUCUCUCUUGUUUUUAAGAAGUUUUCCGGUUAUUGAAAGGGUGGGGUAACUUUGGUAGUGAAUAAUAGAGAAAAAAAAAAAAUUCCAACACAAGAAUGACCAGCGAGACGCCAGACGCCGUUGGCAAUGUUGAAACAGAAUAUCUUGAGAUUAACUCCAAGGGUGCAUGGCCAAUUUUAUUCCAGCAUAUUCGUAAUGAGAGUGCAAAUAAUGAUUACACAUGCAAUGAAUCAAAGAAGCCAGAAAAUAGACAUUUGAAUCGAUACAGAGAUGUUGCACCAUAUGAUCAUUCACGUAUUGUUUUAAAAAAAGGAUCAUCUGAUUAUAUCAAUGCAAAUCUUGUUUCGGUUGAAGGAGCAAAUAGAAGAUACAUAUUAUCACAAGGUCCAUUGUCAAAUACAGCUGGUCAUUUUUGGCAAAUGGUUUGGGAACAAGAAACUCAAGCAAUUCUCAUGUUAAAUAAAGUCAUUGAGAAUAAACAAAUUAAGUGUCAUCAAUAUUGGCCAACUGAAGAUCAAACAAAUCAAUUGAUGAUAUUUCGUGAUGUUAAUCUUGAAGUUGAAUAUGUUAGUAAAAAAAAUUCAACUGAUUAUACAACAAGAACAUUAAGAUUAACAGACAUGGAUACAAAAGAAAGCAGAGAAAUUUUACAUUUUCAUUAUACAACGUGGCCAGAUUUUGGUGUACCACAAAGUCCAACAUCAUUUUUAAGAUUUUUAGUUGAUGUAAGAAGUUCUGGUGCACUUGAUCAAAAUGUUGGUCCACCAAUUGUUCAUUGUUCUGCUGGUAUUGGUAGAUCAGGAACUUUUUGUCUUGUUGAUUCUUGUCUUGUUAUGAUUGAAAAAAAUGGAUUAAAUUCUGUAAAUGUACGUGAUGUAUUAUUGGAAAUGAGAUGUUCAAGAAUGGGAUUAAUUCAAACUCCAGAUCAAUUAAGAUUUUCAUAUGCUGCUAUUAUUGAAGGACAUCGAGAAUUGCCAACAAUUACUGUGAAUGGUGAUAAUAAUUUGGAAAUAAAUGAAAAUCACUAUGAUGUCGUGAAUAAUACUAACAACUCAUCAUCGUCAUCAUCAUUAUCAUCUGAAGAUGAAGAAGACGAAGAUGAUGAUGAUGAUGGUGAUGAAGCACCACCAUUGCCACCACCAAGAGGUGAUUCACUUACUCGCAGAAUGUUGUCCAACUCUACAUCAAGUCCAGUCACUGAAAAUGAAAAUGGAAUUGGUCCACCAAACAAACCACUUCCAAUGGAACCACCAACAUUAAAUCGUAAUAAUCACAAUGACAACAAUAUUGAAUCAGUCAAUGGAACAAUUGAUAAUAGUAAAAAUUCAUUGACAACAACAAGCUCACCAUCCAGUCCUGAUUCACAAAAUGGAAUACGUCGACGUAAUCCAGAAAAACUUAAGAAGCAAGUGCAGGACAUUAAACGGAAACUAAAGGAAGCUGAAGAUUGGCAGGAACUCAAGAGGUCAUUAUUCAAGCCUGUUACAAUAGGAAUAGGUACCAUGAUUAUUGGUGGGGGAGUUAUCGCGUUAUGUAGUUAUUUAUAUCUCAGAGGAUAAAUAGUUAUUUUUCACAAUACAUAUUUCGGUAAAAUUUAAAUUUACGAUAUCAUUUUCUUUUUUUUUUUUUUAAUGAAAAAAAAAAUAAUAUAAUUAGGCAAACACUAGACUGCAUUUAUAUCUUAUUUUUUUUUAUUAUUAUUUUUUUUUUUUUUGGUUUUCAUAUAUUUUUUUACUAAAUUUAUAACGAGAAAAAUCUCGGUUUAUUUUGAAAGAAUUAAUACAACUCAAAUAUUUUUCAAAGUAACAGUCAAUCUCUCUCAAAAUACUGUGAUUUAUUUUUUAUAAGAAAAACAAAAAAAAAAAAUCAACGAUUAAUUGCUAUUUUUUGUUUAAAUUUUUCUGCCGGGUUUUGAGGGUUAUACAAAAAUAAAAAAUUCAUCAUCGAGAGGGAGAUUAAGGGACUGAGAAAAGCGUAAUUUGCAAAUGAAAUUUGAAAAAAUAUUUGAUAAAAGUAAUUAAAGUAAUGAAAAAAAAAAAAAAAAGAAUUAUUUCGUUAAUGUAUUUUUAUAUUGUGAUUUACGAAUAACACGAAAAGAGUAAAAAGAGCUACGUGAUUUUUUCUUCUUAUAGUUAACAAUAAUUAUAUUUUUCGAAAUUAGUUUUUCGGUAAAAGGAUAAAAAAACAAAAAAAUGUGAAAAAAAAAAAAAAAAGAAUUGUAUUUUUAAAUUUUUAUAUGCCGAUACGUUGUUAGGAAAAAAAUUGAAAAACUUGGGAAAAAAAAAAUAAUUAAUAAUAAAUAAUAGUAUAAAAUAAAAUUAAAAUUUUUAUACCUAAAAUAGAUUCGCGAUUAUAUAUUUCAUAUUAUUAUUUAAAAUUAACUUUCUCGUGGAUAAAAGAACUUCAUUUUUUUCGUUAAACAUUAAUGGUAUAAAAUAAACAAAAAAAAAAUGAAUCUAUAUAUAUAUUUAAAAAUGAAUUUAGGUAACGAAUUAGUCGUAUUAAUCAAAUAGCUGAUGACAAGUAGAAUAAUAUAAGUCUAGUUUCAUCAUUAAAGAGAAAUUAAUAAUAAUUAAAAUCAAUUAAAUUGUAGACUCUAGAAAUUACAUAAAUGUUUCCUCGAAAUUAUUAACAAUGAAAAUUAUAAAAUAAAUAAUGAAACGAUGAAUUUUAUUAAUAUAAUCGCGUAGAGGCUGAAUUUUUUUUUUUUUUUCAUCUAUUAUUAUUUCGUGCUGUUCCUAUUAUUUAAAAAGAAAAAAUAGAUGAAAUAAUCGUAUUAUUAUUUUGCAUAUAAAUUAUAACAACAUUCCGCCAUAAAUAUUCAUUAAUUUUUAUUUAAAAUAAUAAUGUUUCUCAUUUGUUUAACAGAUAUAUAGAAUAUAUAUUUAUCACGUGAUUUUAAUAUUUAAAACACGGUGCUAUACAGAGAAAAUAAAACAAAAACAAAUAAUAAUGAAAAUAUUGAAUAUACUGAAACAUAGCCAAGUGCCUACUCGUACAAAUGUGUGAAAAAAAAUAAUUAAAAACUUUUAAAUUGAAAUAAUUAACUACUUGCCAUAUAAAAAAAAAAAAAUUCAGCUUAGAAAAAUAAUAUUGCACCGUCAACGAAAAGGCUCAGAUAUAUAUUUAAAAAAAUCGAAAUAAAAGUUUGGUAAAAUAUUGAAUUUGUUAUUUAUUUUUUUUUUUUUUAAUUCGUUUUAUGUUAAUAGAAAAAAAAAAUGCAAUAAAUUUACAAGAUCUUUUCUUUCACAAUUUGACAAUAUAAAAUUUAAAGAAUAAAAAAAUUACUUAUAUUAUAAAUAUAUUUACAAACAAAAAAAAAGCGCAGUAUUUAUUUAAAUGAUUUUUAAAAAAUCAAGGACGAAAAAGAAAUGGAAAAAAAAACAAUUAAUGGUCCAGUGGACCAUAAUUCAUUGACUAUAUAAAAACUUAAAAUUCAUUUAAAUUAAUUAUUUGAAAUUGUGAAUUGAAAAAUAUAACGAAAAAAAAAUAUAUAUUUAUAUAUAUUUGAAUAUAUAAGGGACAUUGAAAUGUCUGAAUGAAUGUCUUUGUAAAAUCACCGCUCAUUCAUCUGUUAUUCAUAAUUUUUUCAUUCCCAUUAAUCAUGAUAAAUGUUAGAUUAAGUUUUUUCAAUGUGAGAUAAAAUUGUUCAUUAUAAAAAUGAAUGCCAAUAAUACACACUGUGUGUGAUAUAUAUAAUAGUGCAAACGGGCGGAACGGCACGGAAUUUUUUUCGCAUAGUAAAUAAUAAAAAAUAAAAAGAAAAUUAAUAAUUUAAACAUUUGUAUAAAUUAUUUAGAAAAAUUUCUUUUUAUUAAAAUAAUAAACAAAAUGUGCCAGGGAAAAUCGGUAUAUGAUGACUCAAAACAAUAAAAAAAAAUGAAUCUAAUUAAUCAUUAAAUUACGGUAUAAAUUUAAAUUAAUAUCACGUGUAUGUGAUUCAAAUGAUUAUUAUUUUAAAAUUAUACAAUUCCAUUCCGUUUGUCCCAAUUUUUCCAAGAAAUAUUUUCUUAGUUAUUGAUUAAUUAUUUUCUUAUUUUUUUAAAUUUAUUAUUUGUUUUUAAACAACGAGAAAAUGCUUGAUUUCAGAUGUAAAAGUGAAACGACGGAAC